UCAUAAGGCGAGCCUUUGCUACAGUGUGUCGCUCGAUGGCGGGAUGUUUGUGAUCUAAAUGGCUGCGGGAGCAGAUUCUUGUUUUCUGGGGUUCGAUUUCAGCACGCAACAGCUGAAAGUUGUCGCUGUUGAUGGAAAUCUUGAGGUGAUUCACCAAAACAGCGUCCAGUUCGACAGCGAGCUGCCCGAGUUCAGGACUCAUGGAGGAGUUCAUAUCCACGAAGAUAAACUGACGGUCACGUCUCCAGCGCUCAUGUGGGUGAAGGCGCUGGAUGUUCUUCUGGAGAAAAUGAGAAACACUGGUUUUGAUUUCUCUCGGGUCAAAGCCAUCUCAGGCAGUGGACAGCAACAUGGCAGUGUGUUCUGGAGGAAGGGUGCGAGACGAACCCUGAAUCAGCUGGACCCACAGAAACAUCUACACCAUCAGUUACAGGAGUGUUUUGCGGUGCGGGACAGUCCGGUGUGGAUGGACUCGAGUACUUCAGAUCAGUGUCAGUGUCUGGAGACAGCAGUAGGAGGAGCUCAACGCCUCGCAGACAUCACCGGCUCACGAGCGUACGAGCGCUUCACUGGAAAUCAGAUUGCCAAGAUUUAUCACUCGAAACCGAAGGAAUUCAGUGAGACGGAGAGAAUCUCUCUGAUCAGCAGCUUCGCUUCAUCACUGUUUCUGGGUGAUUACGCUCCGAUUGACUACAGCGACGGCUCGGGGAUGAAUCUGAUGGAUAUAUUUGAGAAGCAGUGGUCUCGGGUUUGUCUGGACGCCGCAGCGCCGCAGUUAGCUGAGCGACUCGGAGACCUGACGCCGUCGACAGCCGUUCUGGGCUGUGUAUCUCUGUAUUACACUGAACGCUAUGGGUUUGCAGAGAGCUGUAACGUGGUGGCCUUCACUGGAGACAAUCCUGGAUCUCUGGCUGGUAUGAGGCUACAGGAAGGAGAUCUAGCGGUGAGUUUGGGCACCAGCGAUACAGUUUUCCUGUGGAUCCGGGGCCCCAGACCCAGCGUCGAGGGCCACAUCUUCUGUAACCCGGUGGACUGCAGCGCAUACAUGGCUUUGAUCUGCUUUAAAAACGGCUCUUUCACACGAGAGCGGAUCCGUGACGAAUGUGCUGGAGGAUCAUGGGAGUGUUUCUCCAGCGCUUUGAGAGCCACACCGAUGGGAAACAAUGGACAUUUAGGCGUGUAUUUUGACGUGAUGGAGAUCACUCCUCACUUCGCCGGUGUUCACAGGUUUAACGCUGAAGGUCAAAGGGUCGCCUCGUUUGAGCACGAGAUGGAAAUCCGAGCUCUGAUUGAAGGACAGUUCCUGGCCAAACGAGUUCAUGCAGAAAAACUGGGCUACAAGAUCAUUGCUGGUACACGAGUGCUGGCCACAGGAGGAGCGUCAUCCAACAAGGACAUUUUACAGGUUCUGUCUGACGUCUUCAGCGCUCCGGUUUACAUCAUCGACGUGACAAACUCGGCCUGUCUGGGCUGCGCUUACAGAGCCGUACAUGGUCUGGAGGCAGAAGCAGGAGCAUCUUUCACAGAGACGCUCAGAAACGCUCCAGAACCGCAGCUGGCCGUCAGACCCGCGCCGGGAGCGCAAGAGGUUUACGCGCCGCUGAUGCUCAGAUACGCAGCGCUGGAGGAUCAGCUUCUCAAAGAUCAUCAGAAAUCACAGCAUCUGCUGUGAGACCUCUUCAUACGGCUGAAUAUAAUACUCAUGCAUUAUAUUCAUACAACACGUCUACAAAUCAUUCCUUUGAUUCGUUUUAAAGCGUACUUUAAAAGUCAGAUUUUAUAAUUAUCAAAAUAUUGUUUUACUAAAACGUUGUAGUUAUAUAAUAAAUAAGUGAUGCUAUUAACUAGUAAAAUAAAUUGCAAUGAAUAAAUUUUUGUAGUAAUGCAUUAACAUCUUAAAUACAAAUUAAACAUUGAAUGCAUGAAGUUAUACAUGUGAAGUUGAUUUUGAAGUUGGUUUUAAUGCAUUAGUAAACAUUCAAUCUGUCUAGAUAAACAUGUGAAUCGUGAACAGAUGCACAUAUUCAUGACCUGCUGUAAAGGGACUCGGUUUCAUAAUAAAGACCUGUUUACACGUGUGUUUGUGUGGAUUUAUCU